UGUGCCUUUUUGGUAUUGCAGAGGCUUCGGACGCUAUUCAGCACAUAAAAGUGGGUUCUUUCUAUGAAAUCGACCACUCCAAGCUCACCCCACAAACCCCAGAUCAGCUCAAGUCAAUCCGGGUCGUCAUGGUGAGUGAGAAGACUCAGCUUCAGGUUGCAGUGAGGUUCCCAAGCACUUUCUCCCUUCGUACGCACUUUAGCAAUGGCAACUGUGGGAGGCCAGAGGGGAAGAAGCUCCCUGCACUAAAUGAGAAACACAUAAUGGAUUCAGACCUCGCUGGAGACGCGCUUUACCGAAGAAUACCAGCUCAGGAAAUUGCAGAGAAGGGAAACUCGUGGAACUUCUGGGGAGUGCCUCCUGUGACAGCUGAGAAAGACUCGGGCCCAGCCUUGAGGACGAGGCUCAGGAAUGAAGUUUCUAAGAAGGGUUCGUGCUGGUCUGAGCUAAGACUCACUGGUACAGUACAGUGGGGUAAACGUAAGCAGGUCCGGUUCCUAGGGGGUCAAGAAGAGCAAAAGGUGGAAACUUUAUCGAGGAAAGUAAGAGACGAAGAACAAAGGAGAGGGAGUCAGAAAGAGGAAGGAGAUGACGAUGAGGUAGAGGAAGUUGAAGGAGAGGCUGUAAAGGUAGUGUCGUCUAUGACGAAGAAGAAUUUCAAGAGAAAGUGCCAAGGUUCUAGCAGAGCUCAAAAACCCAAAAAAGCUAAGCAUGAGAAGCAAUAUCAGAUUCAGGUUUACAAUCAGAGUAAGAGGAAAAAACUAAAAGAUUCCAUUGAAAGAUGGUCUGUGGAGAGGUAUAAGCUGGCCGAGGAGAACAUGUUGAAGAUUUUGAAGGCCAAAGGAGCAGUCUUUGGGAAUCCAAUACUAAGGCCAGCACUCAGAACAGAGGCAAGGAAGCUCAUCGGGGAUACCGGUUUAUUAGACCAUUUGUUGAAGCAUAUGGCUGGAAAGGUAGCGCCGGGUGGGACUGAACGGUUCCGGCGGCGACACAAUGCUGAAGGAGCCAUGGAGUAUUGGCUGGAGAGUGCUGACCUGGUAAAUGUCAGGAAGGAAGCUGGGGUUCAGGACCCUUAUUGGACCCCACCACCUGGGUGGAAACCGGGAGAUAACCCAUCUCAAGAUCCAGUUUGUGCCAGAGAGCUAAGGGCACUCAAGGAAGAGAUCGCCAAAAUGAAAAAGGAUAUGCAGGAGCUGGUGACCAAGGAGCAAGAGGAGAAUCUGGCUAUUGUUACUACCCCAAAAUCUUCCGUGACGAGUUUGAACUGGAACUUUGAAGGUUCAUUGAUUCCAUUGAAGGAAACGUAUAUAGAUUUGAUGAAUAGGAAAGCUAAGAUGGGGAAACAGCUGGCGGAGAUUUCACUAGCAUUGAGUGGAAUGGAGGAGCAAUUGGGAAUGCUGAAAUCAACUUUGGAGGAACCAAUCGUGUCAGAAUCAGAAGCACCACCACCUUUAUUGAUGGGAUCGCCAACAACACCAUCACACUGCACUGAAAGAGAGACGAAAGAGUCGGAACAAAAGAACAAGUCAGCGAGCAAAGCAAGCGAAGAGAAAGAGGACAAAGGGGGAGACAAGGCAGCAGUCACAGCAACAGAAGACAAAGGGAGAGACGAGGUAGCAGUCAGAGCAACAGAGGACAAGGCAGCAAAGAUAGAAAGGCUGAAGAGUGGGUUCAGGAUUUGCAAGCCACAGGGGACCUUCCUGUGGCCAAACAUGCUGGCCAUGUCUCCUCAGUCUGUGGUCCACCUUGAAGACCUCCUAACGGUCCCAAUCCCAACUCCACCCUCAGCCUCUUCCACUACUUCAGUAUCCCACUUUCAGCUCCCUCCAUGUCAGACCCAACUGGGCCCCCACCCAGCGUCACCGGUCAAACCAUUGGCUGAGAGGCUCCUCAGCAAUGCCAUUCUUAAAAGUGUCACUAUACCCUCUCCCUCUCCUCCUCCUCCGCCUGAGACUCCCUACACCACUAUCAAAAGCUGCUCCGUCAUCAACCUCAAUGAGCCCCCUCAGAUCCAACACACUGACACCGGCUUUUGUGGGACUAUCACCUACCAAAGAAGGCACCAUUGCGUGACCUCCGAUGCUUCAAUGCCACACUUGGUCCUGGCUAAGAAAGAGGGAACGGAAAACAAGGAUUUAACGAGGAACUGUGAUGAGCAGCAGCAAACUCCUCGCGGUUGCUCCUCUUCCUCGCCGUCGUGGUUGCAAUCGGGAGAAGGGUGGUGGUUGGCUUUGGCUACCUCUAGCCCGCCUUUGGAUAUGUCUAAUCGGGGUUGAGUGGAUUUAGUUUGCCUAUAAGAGCGUCUAUAUAUGCUAAGGUUUAGUUACUGGUCUUCUUAGGAGAUUUAUUAUACUAUUCUCUUGGACAAUAUCUUACUUGGAAUACCGAACAUGGCAAGGAAGGGGAUAAAUACUAGCUGUACAUCCAUUGGACUCACGAAGGAUUGUCAUUUUUGGAAGGAAAAUGUUAGAAAGGCAAAUUUUGAGGUUUGUGAUCAAUGCAUGCG